AUGGGUCGUACGUUACACAUUUACGGCCGACAUGUGGAAUCGAUACUGGUUUGGAUAUCGAUCGGUUUCAUCGCAGCUCUAUUAUCUCAAUUAGUAGCAUCGGAAGAAUGGUGUAAAGUCGCCACUGUCGGUCUACAACCUCAUUACGAGCAAUGUCUUCCAGAUGGAGAUACACUAGUGCGCUAUACAAUCGAAGUUGUCCCAUUGAGACUGGACGAUGUGAGCAUUAGUGCUGACGUCAAAAUCAAGAUUCUGGGGGAUGGAAGGGAAACAAAACCUAUAACUAUCGCAUCUGCUGAUGGAACUCAUACAAGAAUAAGUGUAGAACGGAUUGAUGUAGGAGAUCCUCGUGCAAUUGAAUUAGAUUCGGGCAACUCAGAUUGGUCAUGUGAACGUAUCACAGUAUUCCGUGACUCCAAAUACUGGAUAUUUGAUUGUGUUGCCGAUGGAUCGGCAGAAGAAACUGGUGAUCUUCCCAGGUACCUGCUAUCAGGGAACAAGGUAUACACAAUCAGCAUUCAAACAGGUAGCCACAAGGAUUCUGGCACUUCAGGGAAAGUAUCGUUGAUGCUUCUAGGGCCUCUCGGGAAAAGCAAUACCAAGGUGUUGGGAACGAACUUCUAUACAGGGUCGUAUCUAACAUUUGUAAUAGAGGCAGCCGAUGUUGGAGAUGUCAAUGGGCUGUUACUUUUUAAUGCAGCGGAAUCGGACCCUUGGUAUUGCGAGGAUGUGCGUAUUCUAAGCCCAAAUGAUUCGGUGAAGACAUUUCAAGUCAAACGCUGGGUAGGAGCUCCAUACGAGCCAUCGGUCGAGAUAACCUCGGCAGAGGGUACCAGCGUCACCAAUUUUAAUGAAACUACACCAAUGGAUAUACAGUGCCAUACACGCGCUAUAGAUAUCUAUUCGAAGUCAGUUAGAAAACCAUUCAAUGUCACUGUUAGGUGUCCCAUGAACUGCCAGACCUCGGCCAUUGCUCAUGUAGUGGGAUCAUCACUGCACCAUUCAUCGUCAUCCAUAUGCGCCGCUGCCAUGUUCGACGGGGUAUUGAGCCCCUCUGGUGGUGAAGUUGUAGUUUCGAUAGUGGGACCCUUGAAGCAGUACUUCGGCUCCAUUAACCCGGAAAACCAUAUGGAAUCCGAGGGGUAUGAACCAUCACCUGAGAAGCCCUACUAUUCAUUUUAUACGUUCUUGAAUCACAGUAUCGACAAUAUAGAUUCGAAUGUAAGGCUAGUAGAUGCAUUUGGUAAGCUCUCAUCUUUCGGGCGUUUGGAAGUUUUAAAGAACGGUAAAUGGGGAACAGUUUGUAACAAGGGGAAGUUUGGCGCAUUUAACGAAGCCGCAGCUAAUCUGGUAUGCCGAAAACUUGGAUUCAAACGUGGGAUACAUAUUCUAGAAAACUGUUCAAAUGUCAACGACCAGAAUUUAUGUGUUCCAAGAGGAUAUCCUGUUUCAUAUGCUGGAUUGAUGUGCCUAGGUACAGAGGAAGAUAUCUCAAACUGUAUCAUUGAGGAAGCUACUGUAGACUGUAUGUCACAUAAGGAUGAUGUGAUUGUCAAGUGUACGAACUCUACAACACAUGAUGGUAUUGGUUUCGGUACUUUGCGUUUACUUGAUGCUUCUGGUGCGCCAACUAGCACUGGUACCGGUCGCCUUGAAUUUUACAACCAAGGGUUCGGUUCAAUUUGCAACGAAUCGUGGAACAAAGCAGCUGCUAAGAUCGCAUGCCAAGAAAUGGGUUAUACAGGUCUACACAAUGGAGGCAUGGUAGGACAAGAUUGUUCUGACGUACAUGGAGUUAACCUGUGCGCACCAAUCACCCAGAAGAUCUCAGCCGUCGAUUUCCGAUGUAACGGUGUAGAGCGUAUGUUAGGUCAGUGUCCUCACGAGUCUGCGGAGGAUAUUUAUUGCACCCAUGAGCAAGACGUGGUACUUUCCUGUGCUGGCAACGGUGACCCUAGCGAGUUCAGACACAAACGUCGUGUGGCGCCAUUUACACCAGUUAUGAAAAAGUUACCGCGUACAGUAAACCUGACAUGCUACGAUACCAUGUCGUCGCAUCUGGAGUUACAGAUGAACCUAGGGGACUACAUGAUUGCCUUCUGUCCUUCAGGUUGUAAGGGUGAUCCAGCUCCGUUGAAGGGAACCUUCAUUUACACUGAUGACUCAGCUAUUUGCAAAGCGGCUGUACAUGCAGGUGUUAUUGAUGAUUCUGGAGGUGAAAUUGUUGUCAUACGUGCUAUUACACAACCUUCAUUUUAUGGAUCAGUAAUGAAUGGUGUCACUAGUUUAGGGGCUCAUAAACUUGCAUCAGAAUUCCAAGCUGGAGCAUUUUUGGUCUCGCGUGCCACUAAACAUAUCCUCUCGAUGCAGUUGAAACCCAAGCGUGAAAUUGCGCCUAGUAUGGAUCUGAAACCUUUGACAUCUGCCGAUGCAACUCCAACACCACCCAAAGUAAGGUGGUUCCCCGAGUUAGGUUGGAAGGGAUUUAAUGGAUCAGCUCUUGACUUUGUGAGCCUAAGUAAUUUCCCCAAUGCGGAUAAACUGAAGACACUGCGUGACUUCACUUUUAUAGUACAGAUGACACCUACCGAGCUGGUUGGUAAAUGGAGCACUUUGUUUUCGUUUCAAGGCUGUGGAGGUCUGACUUGUGUAAUUGAUAACAUGGGUGAAGUGAUUUUGGAAGAAAACUGUCGUCCAGAACUUUUUAAAACGUCAUUUUUCCCCAAACUUGGGAGACGUACCACUUUAUCCAUAGUCUAUUAUAGCCCUACACGUGACCUGGGUUUCUUUGCUGAUGGUGUUCUUAUCGCAAGUCGUCCUACUGACUUUGAUUUUAGCUUCCAGGGUGAUUUGAUUUUGGGUAAAUCAUCGGAAACGGAUUCUGAUUUUUUCAUUGGCCAAAUCUUAUCACUAGAGGUCUUCGAUUACGUGAUGUCUCCAAACCAGGUUCAGCAUCAUAAUCGAUUACUUCAGUCACUAGAUGGAAACCGUAUCCAUUCACGUCAUUCAACAACCCGUAUGACCGUUGAAGGCAAUUUGUGUCUUAGCAAGUGUGUCAAAAUGCGUUCGCCUGCACGUGAAAGUGAACGAUCAGUUCACGGUGGUCCCACCAAUCCUGCGAUUCAUAUGGGAUGUCAUGAUACGCUAGAGGAUGAGCGUUUCAAUGGUGCAACUGGCGAUGAGUUUCUGAUUAGCUGCAGUCGCAGUUGUACGGAUCCAAUGUUGGUGCUUAAGGGUAGCAAAGUCUACACCCCGGAUUCGUCGAUAUGCAAAGCAGCAGUACACUCUGGAGCGAUCCCUCUAGAGGGAGGUGAAGCAAUUGUCACUAUACUUCACGGUCGUGAAAGCUACGAUCACUGUAUGGGUCAUUACGGUGUGGUGAGCAGCAAGUGGAACCAGCCUCAUAUGCGUUCAUUUUCUGUACGCCGCGCCCCUAGGGUGAUGUCACUGUCAUGUUUAGACAAUGGGCUAUUCGUAAUGAAGAUGCACCCAGGAACACGUAUGCUACUUAGAUGCCCUCCCGGGUGUCUAGACGAACGUCCAGCACAUGUUUUCGGGUCAGACAUAUACAAUCCCAUCUCUUCGAUAUGCCAGGCGGCAAUACACUCCGGUCGUUUGGACAACCGUGGAGGAGAGGUAGAGAUUGAGGUAUUGGGUAGUCAGACGUCGUUCAACGGAUCGACUUCUCAUGGUAUUACGUCAUUGGCAAGCGGUAAACGCGGCUUCAAGCCCGCCCGGGGUGGCGGCGGCGGCCGUGGUUCACAAAGACCAGCUCGCGGUCGUGGGUUCAAGGGCGGUCGUGGUGGCGGAGGUGCCGGUAAACGCGGUCUAGGCGCUGGCUCUGCUAACAAGGUUAUGAUCGUUCCACACCGAUUUUCGGGUGUAUAUAUUGCUAAAGGAAAAUCUGAUGCUUUGGUUACACGUAACAUGGUACCCGGAGAAUCUAUAUAUGGAGAAAAACGUAUACAAAUGGUGAACGAAGAAGCUGAACCAACAGAAUAUCGAAUAUGGAAUCCUUUUAGAUCGAAACUCGGUGCGACUAUUAUCGGCGGUGUUGCCAAUAUGCCAAUAGAAAUUGGCUCUAAGGUCCUUUACCUUGGCGCCGCUAAUGGAACGACGGUUUCCCAUGUAUCAGACAUGGUAGGACCAACAGGCAUGGUAUAUGCCGUAGAGUUCUCACAUAGGUCAGCUCGUGAUCUUACCAAUAUGGCUAAACGACGCCCCAAUAUUGUUCCAAUAGUCGAGGAUGCACGCCAACCGCUACGUUACCGCAUGCUAGUUGGAAUGGUCGACGUCAUCUUUGCGGAUGUAGCACAACCAGACCAGGCACGUAUCGUCGCUAUAAAUGCAUACCAUUUUUUGAAACCUGGUGGCUGGUUUAUCAUCGCUAUUAAGGCGAAUUGUGUGGACUCAACAGCUAAGCCAGAAGCGGUCUUUGCCGCUGAGGUUGACAAGCUGCGCAAGGAAAACUGCAAACCUAGGGAGCAGCUAACGCUAGAACCGUACCACAGAGACCAUGCAGUGGUUAUCGGCCAGUAUCGCGUAAAGAAAAAGAAAGCCACAUGA